AUGUCGAAAGAAAGGAAAUUUGGUCGUGGAAGGUCGAUACAUAACCCAUUCCCAGCAUCGUUGGCUAGCGAAUGCGAGAAGGCUAGUCAAAUUCUAGAAUCUUUUAUAACCCCUCGUUUUGUUGGAAUAGACGUGGGCAUCCCCCGGAAGAUCCUUACUCGGGCAAAGGGCCUGGUCAUAAUUACCUCUUUCCGGGCAGGUUUUCUUGGUUCCGGUCGCCUGGGGUCCGGCUUGAUCACUGCCCGACUCCCCGAUGGCACCUGGUCUAGUCCAUCUGCGCUGGUCACCGGAGGCGGCGGAUUUGGUGGGCUCAUUGGCUUUGAGCUAACCGACUUCGUGUUUGUCUUGACGAGCACUGAGGCAGUCAAGUCUUUUACGAGAGCUGGAUCGAUCACGCUGGGUGGCAAUGUAUCGUUGGCUGCCGGACCUGUUGGACGUAGUGCCGAAGCAGCUGGCACUAUCAACAAAAAGGGUGUCGCGGGGAUGCUCUCGUAUGCCAAAACCCGGGGCAUUUACUGCGGUGUCUCACUCGAAGGAUCGAUGUUGUUAGAACGGUCUAGUGCCAAUGAGAAGAUGUAUGGACGCAAAGUGACUGCGAAGGAGUUGCUGCAUGGAGACAUUUCUCCGCCCCCUGAAGCUGCGUCGCUCAUGCAAAUACUAAGCUCACCAUCCAUUACGCCCGAUCCCUCGGUCGCUUCACCCAACGGACCCUUUGCGCCGCCGACCGCACGUCAUGUUGGCCAGGAAGGAGCACAGCUACCACCCCAGCGGCCGGACGAGGCACCGCGAGGGAUUUCUGAGCUUACUGCUCCAGUCUCUAAUCAGCGGGUUGAAUUGGACACUGGCGCUCCGCAUGAGGUUUUUGAGCUACCAGCUGGCGCACAGAAUGAAACGUCACAUGAGCUUGAUUCUGCGGUCUCUCCUUCAUCACAAUAUCUGUCACAGCCUGCUGGCGAAGGGUCGCCGCGGGUGGUAUCGCCGCUAUCUCUCUCGGAGCCGCCGAUCAACAAACAAGCGACUAUGGCACCUUGA